AUGUCGGUUGCCUUUGCUUCUGCUCGCCCAAGAGGCAAAGGGGAGGUCACCCAGCAAACUAUCCAGAAGAUGCUAGAUGAAAAUCACCACCUAAUACAAUGUAUUAUGGAUUAUCAGAGCAAGGGGAAAACUGCAGAAUGUACUCAAUACCAACAAAUCUUGCACAGAAACCUGGUUUACUUGGCAACAAUAGCAGAUUCUAACCAGAAUAUGCAGUCCUUGCUUCCUGCUCCACCAACGCAAAACAUAAACUUGGGCCCAGGAGGAAUGACUCAGAGUGCAUCCAACCAAUCUCUCCAUUCACAGAGCAAUCUCAGCGAUGCGAUUGGGACGGGCCUGCCUCCUUCCUCCCUCAUGCAGAGUCAGAUUAGCAAUGGUCCUAAUCAUGUGUCUAUGCAGCAGUCAGGCCAGAACACUAUGCCCACAACCUCUCUGAGUAUGACUGUCAGCAGUCAUGGAACUGGGCCUGGUUAUAGCCAUACAGUGCCUGCAUCUCAGAACGUGCCAAUGCAAGGCCAGGGGUCAAUAGGCAAUUAUGUCUCUCGAACAAACAUCAACAUGCAGUCUAAUCCAGUCUCCAUGAUGCACCAGCAAGCAGCAACGUCACAUUACAACUCGGCGCAAGGUGGCAGCCAGCACUACCAGGGGCAGUCCUCCAUUGCCAUGAUGAGUCAGAGCAACCAAGGCAACAGCAUGAUGGGGCAGCGACCAAUGGGCCCUUACAGAGCUUCACAGCAAGGUUCCUCCCAGCAGUACAUGGGUCAGGAAGAAUAUUACAGUGAACAGUACAGCCAUGGGCAAGGCUCCUCAGAACCCAUGAAUCAGCAAUACUACCCAGAUGGACAUGGUGAUUAUGCCUAUCAGCAGUCAUCCUAUACUGAGCAGAGCUAUGACAGGUCAUUUGAUGACUCUACACAACACUAUUAUGAAGGAGGAAAUUCCCAGUACAGCCAGCAGCAGGCAGGAUACCAACAGGGAGCUGCACAACAGCAAACAUAUUCCCAGCAGCAAUACCCAAAUCAACAAAGUUACCCAGGACAACAGCAAGGAUAUGGUCCUGCACAAGGAGCCUCUUCACAGUAUUCCAGCUACCAACAGGGUCAGGGGCAGCAAUAUGGAAGUUACAGAGCUUCUCAGACGGGCCCAUCCGCUCAGCAACAGAGGCCUUAUGGCUACGAGCAGGGACAAUAUGGAAAUUACCAGCAAUAA